UGUUUACAUUGUAUAAAUCAAUCAAGAUGGAAUAUCAUGGCGAUAAGACGGCUACGCCCCCUGCCGGAAAGGGGCAUGAGAUUGACACCCCUCCCUACACCCCCAUCUUUCUCACUCCCCCCUCUAUUCACUAUGUACCAGAACCAGAGGAGGCUGUAAGGAGUCCUUGUUCUUGCACCGUGCAUCGUUAACACAUGUAAACACGGAUUACUGACCAUCAGUGUUGAACAACAUGGCCGAUACGUGCAGACGACAGACGUGUUUCAAUCUGCAAAACUUUCCUCUAACACGUGAAUUCUUGGCGGAAUUCCUGGGAACCUUCAUUCUGCUUGUGUUUGGCGAGGGGUCUGGUGGCCCAAUUCGUUCUCAGUGAUGGAAAGAGCGGAUCCCCAAUAUCCAUCUACUGGUCGUGGGGAUGGGGUUGCCAUGGGGAUAUACGUCGGAGGAGUUUCCGGUGGCCACCUAAAUCCCGCCGUUACCGUAGCCCAAGCUUUCCUUGGGAGGAUUCAGUUGAAGAAGGUGCCUGUCUUCAUCCUGGCCCAGUACCUAGGGGCCUUCGUCGCUUCCGUCCUGGUAUAUCUGGUGUAUAUAGACGCUCUACACCACUACGACGAUGGAGUCAGGGCUGUAGUCGGCAACGCCUCAACUGCCGGUAUCUGGGCCACCUACCCGCAGCCUUUCGUCUCUACAGCAAACGGAUUUGGUGACCAGGUUUUCGGCACUGCGAUCCUGCUGAUUUGUGUAAUGGCAGUGACCGACCCCCGGAAUAUGUCCCCACCCUCGGGCCUCGUCCCCAUCAGUGUCGGGCUAAUCGUCGUGGCCAUCGGCAUGACCUUCGGCUUCAACUGUGGGUAUGCCAUCAACCCCGCCAGGGACCUUGGACCACGAAUCUUUACAGCUAUAGCAGGCUGGGGAUCAGAUCCUUUCAGCUUCCGGGACUUCAACUGGUUCUGGGUGCCUGUCCUUGGGCCCCAUAUAGGUGCUGUACUCGGUGCCUACAUCUACCAGGUGUGUGUAGGCUUCCACUGGCCUACUGAAGUCGACAUCUCCGCUGACACCAAAGACAACUCAAUUGAUCGUUCCGAUGGCAUGGAACAGAUGAAUCUCUCCAGUUGAUGCAGCUCGCCCUCCAUACUCACGUUAGCCAUCAUCCAGCGUUAUGUGUCCUGUGAUGUUACAACGAAGUACCUGUUAUCAGUUUUUGUGAAAUUACACUACCUGUUGCGA